CCGUCUGUCCCGGCCCCGCGGCGAAGCGGGUCGCUGCUGGGCUUGGUUGCCAUGGAGACGGGGCUGGCGGUGCCGCUGCUGCUGGGCCUGUGGGGCCUGGCCGGGUUCUGGAGCCUGGCGGGGGCCGCCGACGCCACCCUGCCGAGGCCCCCCAACCUGGUGCUGCUGCUGAUGGACGAUAUGGGCUGGGGUGACUUAGGUGUGUUUGGGCAUCCUUCCAAAGAAACCCCAUAUCUAGACCAGAUGGCUGCAGAAGGAAUGCUUUUCCCAAGCUUCUACACUGCCAACCCUCUGUGUUCUCCAUCAAGGGCAGCACUUCUAACCGGUCGCCUCCCCAUCAGGAAUGGCUUCUACACCACCAAUGCCCAUGCCAGAAAUGCCUACACCCCCCAGGAAAUAACAGGGGGCAUCCCAGAUUACGAACUGCUGCUUCCAGAAUUGCUGAAGAAAGCAGGCUAUGUCAAUAAACUAGUUGGCAAAUGGCACCUCGGCCACCGGCCCCAGUUCCAUCCCUUGAGGCACGGCUUUGACGAGUGGUUUGGCUCCCCUAACUGCCAUUUUGGACCGUAUGAUAACAAAGCUGUACCAAACAUCCCCAUUUAUAGGGACUGGGAAAUGAUCGGCAGGUAUUACGAAGACAUAAAAAUAGAUCAUAAGACGGGGGAAGCAAACCUAACGCAAAUGUACUUACAGGAAGCCCUUGAUUUCAUUAGCACACAUCAAGCCAGCCAACAGCCGUUCUUUCUGUAUUGGGCAAUCGACGCCACUCAUGCACCCGUGUAUGCUUCCAGGGAGUUCUUGGGCACUAGCCAACGAGGGCUGUAUGGAGAUGCAGUGCGAGAAAUUGACAACAGCAUUGGGAAAAUACUGAGUCACCUUCAAAAACUGAACAUAAGCGAGAACACCUUUGUAUUUUUCACAUCUGAUAAUGGUGCAGCCCUCAUUUCAGAUCCUGAACAAGGAGGUAGUAAUGGCCCUUUCCUGUGUGGCAAGCAGACUACCUUUGAAGGUGGCAUGAGGGAACCAGCAAUUGCUUGGUGGCCGGGACAUGUACCUGCCGGGCAGGUGAGUCAUCAGCUGGCUAGCGUGAUGGAUCUCUUCACCACAAGCCUCACACUGGCAGGACUGCAGCCUCCCAGUGACAGACAGAUCGACGGCAUCGACCUCUCGCCCGUCAUCCUGCAAGGCAAGUUAAUUGACAGGCCAAUAUUUUAUUACCGGGGCAACGAGAUGAUGGCAGUACGAAUUGGGCUUUACAAGGCUCAUUACUGGACCUGGAGCAAUUCCUGGGAGCAAUUCAGCCAGGGCAUUGAUUUCUGCCCCGGACAGAACAUAUCUGGAGUGACGACCCACGAUCAAGAGGAGCACUCGAAACUUCCGCUGCUGUUCCACUUGGGAAAGGACCCUGGGGAAAAGUAUCCAAUAAGGUUUUCAAGUGCUGAAUACCAAGCUGUUAUAGAGAGAAUCUCCCCCGUCGUCGAGCAGCACAAGGAGUCGUUGCUACCUGGGCAGCCUCAGCUAAACGUCUGUGACAGGGCCGUCAUGAAUUGGGCUCCUCCAGGCUGCAAGAAGAUAGGGAAAUGUUUGGUCCCUCCCAGCCCUGACCCAAUGAAGUGUUUUUGGCCUCACUGACUGGUCUUCUCCCUUCACACAACUGACCUGCUGCUGUGAAGCUGCUGCCAUCUACCGGCUGGAGAUGUGGUGCCGACCGAUGGUGAUCUUUUUUCCAGAAAAAGAACAUUGCAGGAUGAGUCCCAGAAGGGCUGCUUUUGUCUACAGGGAUUUUCUCUCUCUGUGUGUCUCUCUCUCAGGUUCAUAGUAAUAAUCUUCGCCAAUUCAGCCUCUCAGGGAGUCUGGGGCCAAGAUGCAGCGAUCUCUGGUUGUCUCAAAUAUUAGGGCUGAUGAGUCUUCCUUCAUCUUCCACUGGCCACGUGUUCCUUCGGAAAUGCGCUCUCCCACGCUGCUUUGCUCCUAUCCUGCUCUCUUCCCGCACAGGCUGCUCAGAGAAAGUGGUUGCGCUGAGAAUGGAAAGAGCAGUGUGUGCUAGAGCUCAGAGCCCUUCUAGGUCUGACGAGGCAGAGCGCCUUCGUGCCAUUCUAGAAACGUUCAGCGUUGAUGUCAGUAUUAAGCAGCUACGACGGAUGUACAGUGUUGCUUAAAUUGAACGCUUCCAGGCUGCAUGGGGCAAGGCCUUCCUCUCUGAGUGUAGUGCCAAUAAUAUUAAGAGUCUAUUCGCUAUAUUAUGGAGGUUAGGUCAAUCAGUAACUAUUAGUGGUGGUAGCUAAAUGGAACCCCUGUGUUCAGAAGUAGAAUCAUAGGCUAGUAGAGUUGGAAGGGGCCUACAAGGCCAUCAAGUCCAACCCCCUGCUCAAUGCAGGAAUCCACCCUAAAGCAUCCCUGACAGAUGGUUGUCCAGAAGCCUCUUGAAGGCCUCUAGUGUGGGAGAGCCCACAACCUACCUAGUGUGGCUCUGUUUGCCAGCUCCUUGGGGACGAGCUAUGGGGGAGUUUUGUUGACUUUGCGCCCCAUUUAGCUUCCUUCGUGCCCCACUUUCAGCUCCCUUUGUUCCUGCUUGCCCAGAUCCUCGCGAACAAGCAACACAGGAGUUCUGUUGCCUUCAGCUUCAGCUUUUGGCUGAAACACGAUUGUGGGGCAGGCUUGUGCUACGCCAGCCUUCCCCAACCUGGUGCCCUCCAGAGCUGUUGGGCUACAACUUUUCUGGGAGUUGCAGUCACCUCUGGAGGGCACCAGAUUGGGAAAAGGCCGUGCUGUGCAAACAACAGCCUCCAGUGCGUUCAAGACUCGGGUCCAACUGGAAGUUUUUAUGAAGUGCCAAAGAUCAACGUGAAGGAGCUGUUGCUUUUUUCUUGUGUGUUUGUGUUUCAGUAUGAUUAUGGCUUAGUUAUACCUUCAUUAAGGCAUCACCUUUUAAUAAAUACUUCCGUGUUGUGCGGUUUGUAAGAAAUGAA